AAACGUGCACGUUUCAGACAGGAUCUCACGUCAACACACACCACCAUCGUAUCAUACAUGGAUUCGAACUUCAAAUUUCUUGGAUCAUACAAUUCUUCAGAGCAACUUGUCAAAGGAUCUGCAUUUACCCGGUCCAAAACUAAAUUUUUUCUUUUUUGGGGGGGCGAAUCAAUUCCUCUCUCUCUCUCUCUCUCUCUGUCUCUCUUUCUCGUCCACUCUUGGAUCACACAAUUCUUCGGAGCGACUUCUCAAAAUAUCUGCACUUACCCAGUCAAAAUUCAAUUCAUCUCUACUUCUCUCGUCCUUUCUGCACAUGGACGAGGAGGAAAUGGUGAAUGAUGCCAAGAACUCUUCAAACAGAAAGCCAAAUCCAAAACUUUCAAUUUUACCUCUGAUUGCAUUGAUUUUCUACGAGGUCUCUGGCGGUCCGUUUGGUGUAGAAGAUUCAGUCAAAGCAGGAGGCGGGCCUCUGCUAUCUUUGCUUGGUUUCUUAAUAUUCCCCUUUUUUUGGAGCAUCCCAGAAGCUCUAAUUACUGCUGAAUUGGCCACAAGUUUCCCAGAAAAUGGUGGCUAUGUCCUUUGGAUAUCUUCAGCUUUUGGCCCUUUUUGGGGAUUUCAAGAAGGGUUUUGGAAAUGGUUUAGUGGAGUUAUGGAUAAUGCCCUUUACCCGGUAUUAUUUCUUGAUUAUUUGAAGCAUUCUUUUCCUAUAUUCAAUAAAAUGAUUGCUCGAAUUCCAGCUCUAUUAGGAAUUACAGUUUCCUUGACAUAUUUGAAUUAUAGAGGCCUGCAUAUUGUUGGAUUUUCAGCUGUUUUUCUUGCUGGUUUUUCGCUUUUCCCGUUUAUUGUAUUAGGCAUCCUUGCAAUUCCUCGAAUUAGGCCUAGAAGAUGGUUUGUUGUGGAUUAUAGAAAGAUAGAAUGGAGGGGAUACUUUAAUAGCCUGUUUUGGAAUCUGAAUUAUUGGGACAAUGCAAGUACAUUGGCAGGGGAGAUUGAGAACCCGAGUAGGACAUUCCCUAAGGCGCUAUUGGGGGCCGUAGUUUUGGUGGUGUGCUCAUAUUUGAUUCCUCUUCUUGCGGGCACAGGAGCUUUGGAUACGGAUUUUAGCGCGUGGAGUGAUGGUUAUUUUGCUCAAGUUGGAAUGUUGAUUGGUGGAUCUUGGCUCAAGUGGUGGAUACAAGCAGCUGCUGCCUUGUCGAACAUGGGGUUGUUUGAAGCUGAAAUGAGCAGUGAUGCCUUCCAACUGCUAGGGAUGAGCGAGAUUGGGAUGCUCCCUUCUAUAUUUGCUUCAAGAUCAAAAUAUGGGACGCCCACAUUCAGCAUUUUAUGUUCAGCAACUGGUGUAAUUUUCUUGUCAUGGAUGAGUUUCCAAGAAAUCUUAGAAUUCCUCAACUUCCUAUAUUCUGUAGGAAUGCUCUUUGAGUUUGCAGCCUUCAUCAAAUUGAGAAUAAAGAAGCCAGACCUGCAUAGACCUUACAAAGUUCCCGUGCAAACAUUUGGUGCAAUGAUGCUUUGUUUACCUCCUGUAUUAUUGCUUGUUCUAGUCAUGUGUUUGGCAUCCCUAAAGACUUAUUUAGUAAGUGGUGGCGUUAUUGUUUUGGGAUUUUUCCUAUACCCUGCAAUAGUUCAUGCAAAGGAGCGAAAUUGGACCAAGUUUAGUACAGAAAUACAACCCUCGAUGCCUUCUGAUAGCGAUCUCGAAGGCCGUCCAAUUGUGUUAGAAGAGCAUCAAGAAAUCGAUGAAGCUGCUCGUGGCCUUCUUUUCGAUUCACAAUCUUCUAGGACAGAGCAAGUAUCUGAUAUCUCAUCAGAGGGAGUUUCAAAACUGGAGUAGAACGUUCCACAGAUGUCUUUAUUCAGUACUCUUCAAGUCAAAUAUACUUUCUGAGAUAUUAUGUAUGAUAGUUGUACCAGUUUAAAUCUUGUUAACAUCAUUAAUUUUUUUAUAUUAUGAAGACUUCAAAAUCAGAAGUUGUUGUAGGGUACAAUGAAGUCACGCGUUUGAACU